CCUCAUUGAGUACUCAGAAGAGUCGAAAACUGAAUCAUUUGUCUGUCACUGUUUAUGAUAGACGAUAGAGAAACACCUGUUUUCUCAUUACUGUUGUGUGAAAGCGUGAUUUAAUCUCAAAUUAUAUUUUUUCCUUCAAUCCUUUUGAAUAUUCAUGUAGAUGUGGGCCUGGGUGUGCAAUUUGUACGAGGAGAAGAGCAGCACCCAUAACCGCGUCUUACACUCACAUCCACGUUCACACCCACAUCCAAACCCUCACUACUCGGAAUACGCUGCUGAAGGUUUAUAAAAUAGAAAACGUCAUUAAGAAUUAUUUCAGUUGGCAUCGAACUAUCGUAAACAUAUACAAAAUAGAAAGACGAAGUUUGCUUGCUUUCUUAUACGUGCAUACUAGUGAUAAUUUUUUUCCUUCUCAUAUCUCCUCAAGAUACCGAAUUUCGCAAUUCGUUUUUUUGCUAUGUUAUCAGUCGCUUUUUCAAGGUGUCUUACGAAAAUAAACAAAGCAAGUGGGAAAAAACCCACUGUUGUAUGUUUUAUAAAGCUAUGAUUAAAGUCGUCAUAAUACUGUUCUACGACUGGAUAAGGACAAUAGUGAAAUAUUUAAUUUCUAUUCCAAGCCAAUAUGACAUCUCAACAGUUGCACAAUAUUCUUUGUGGCAUUUCACAUGACUUGUCGAUUCCCGAUGAAAUAAUUAAAAAGGGCAAUGAAUAUAUGCAGAAAACAUUUUUAAUUUUACAAAAGAAGUCCCGUUACACACUUGACCGAUGUCGAUUAUUGGGUGGUGUCAGCAAAAAGACAUCUAUAACAUUAAAAUUUGAUUAUGAUUGCGUCAUUUUUGUCAAUGAUUUGGAACCUCCAUUUGAGAAGCUUUUGCAUGAAUGGGAUACUAUUCUGACAUUGGAUUUAAACGAAAUCAUUGGUGAAACGAACCUCACAAAACAUAGCAUUCAAUUCGAAAUAGAUGGAUUUGAAUUUGACAUUUUGCCUGCAUCCAAUUAUGCUGGAUUAAAUCAUGACAUUAAAAAGCAAGCUUGCAUUAUCUGGGAAAAAAUCUCAAACGAACAAGAUAUUGAAAAAAAGAGAAGAGUAUCUUCAUUGUACAGUUCAGGAUUAUCAGAAUUAGCAUUAGAAUUCAUAAAGAAACAAUCCGGUUUCGUUCAUGACUUAUGUCGCUUGGCAAAAUUUUGGAAUGGUACCAUUUUAUUUGAACAAUAUGUUAGUGGUCGCUCCAGUAUUAUCGAAUAUUUGGCAGUCAAGGCAGGACAAGAAGAAGAAGAAGCAGCGAUCAAUAACACAUUAUCGAUGCUCCGUGCAUUUCGUCGUUUUCUAAACCGUCUGAGCAAAUAUGAGCAGAUCAGUAUAAUUUUCUCGAAUUUUUAUGUCCAAGAAUUAGUAUCCAUACGUGAAAAACCGUACUUAAUUGAUCCAACAAAUCCAUACAACAAUCUUUUUGCCAAUCUACCACAUCGGUUCUUACCUACAUUAGCAGAAUGUUCGAAAAAAACGUUGCAACGUUUGGAAAAAUGUGAAACUAAUUUUUUGGUUGAAGUAGAAAAACUAUUUGAUCCACAACCUGAUCUGCGUAGUUUGUUUCCAUCUCAGAUGAAUAUGCAUUGCAUAACUACAAUAAUGUGCGUCAAUCAGAAUUGCAAUGAGAAAUCCAAACGAUUGAUUGUGCGUCGAAGUACAUUUCAUUCGAAUAUUCUAGAACAGAUGAAAGAUUUGAUGAAUCAUGUACUAAAAUACAUAAUCACUGUUGUCAAUACCAAAUCUGUAGGAGGUGAUAUUGGUGAAAGUAUAAAACAAGCAACUGAACAAUUGCUCAAUCGUUCGCUAUAUAAAGAAGAUCAUCGAUGGGUACCAAGUGACAAAAGGCACGAAGACUGUGAUAUUACCUUUAUUUUGCCAUUGAAUACGACAAAGAAAGACGCGUUAUAUAUUUCAAUGACUCAAUAAAGUUUUUUCGAGCACUAGAAUUGUCUGUUCGAAGCUUGGCAGCAUCAAGUUUCUUUCAAUUUUCAACCUGUCCUCUGCACUCAUUGUUCGAUUAUAACGAAACAAUUUUUGAUAAUCACUAAGAAAGACUCUCACUUCUGGUUAGCACGAAAACAUUAUCUUCUUGUAAAUAUGGUUUCUCUAUUUGUUUUUUGAAACAUAAAUAUUUAUGGGUAUUAAAAUACAAGGUGAAAAAAAUAAUACCAUUCAACCUUCGCCCCACGAAUGUGCGAUAAACAAGUUAAUCUUAUUUUGGAUAUCUUUUGACUACAGAGUGCUUUUUUAAUCAAUCAUUCUCGAAUGCUAAUUCGAAAUCCAAUGAAUUUAGCGUGACAUAGGCAUUGAGAAAUAGUGGCAACGGAUCUAUCAUCAUUCAACAUAUUUGGGGUGUGGGUGUGCGUGUGGAUGUAGGUGUGGAUAUAGCUGUGGGUCUUCUCUUUAAACGCACACCCAACAAUGUCCAAGUGUAUCAUUAUUAAGAGAUGAAGAUUCAACAUUAGAAUCUUUUCGAGAUAGACCUAUUAAAGCAUUACGUGUUGUACCUGUUACAAAUUCAUCAUCAAACAACGAACUUUUAUUGGUAUUUCGUCAAUUAGGAAUAUAUGUAAGUUCUUCAACAGGAAUACAAACACGUCAUAGAGAAUUAAUGUUGAUAGCAUUAGCAAUAUCAACAGCAUUUAAUCAUCCAUAUUUACUUAUUUAUACUGAAAAAUCAGUUGAUAUAUAUGAUGUACCAUCAGCUACAUGGUUACAAUCAUUACCAUUAUCUCGUACACGUUCAUUAACAGCAGAUGAUAAAGGUGAAAGUUUACAAAUAAUAUCAGGUUUAAAACAAGUUAGUCCAACAAAUACAUUAUCAUCUAUAAGUUAUGGUGGUAGUGGUGCAACAUUAAAUAAUCAUAAUAAACGUUCACUUAUAUCUGAUAUUUCAACAUUUGCAUCAGAUUUAUCAACAACAAAUAAAGCUGCUAUAUUAGCACCAAUCAAUUUUCGUCAUCAAGUACAUAUAGGACAUAAUGAUGAAAUAGAUCAAUUAAAUAAUAAUAAUAAUAAUAAAUCAGGUACACAUGAGCAACAACAGUCGAACAGUGUCAAACAACAACAACAACAAGUGACUAGUAGUGGAAAUUCAACAUUACCAUCUCAAUCAUUUUCAUUUAAAGAUGAUGAUGAUAGUGAUCAAUCUCUUGAAUGA